AUGAAGGGCGGCGAAGGUGCCCCGACUUCGAAAAUCCCUGAAGUUUGUGAAAAGUCGAUCAGUUCUGAUGCUGCUGAAUCUUGCAAAGGUACGGGGACUAAUUAUUUGUCAUCAUAUAAGGCUUUUUAUUUCCUUCCUGAAGAAAACAAGCAGCAAACGGAAGCAGAAUUAGAAAUAUGGCAGGAGAAACAGCAACGGGUCAAAUCACCUAUCAAUUUACUUUCAAACUCGACUCCUGUUCCUAUGGAAAUGCAAUCACUGCAGGGAGUAGAAAUUCAAAGUUGUGCUGUCUCCUCAAAAAAUGAAUUAUCGGAUGAAGAUUACGAUCCAUGUUCAAGACUUACCAAAAAUGUCUAUCAAGAAUCAGAAAAUAGAUCAUCGAAUAUACUCCCACCAGGUCGUGAAGGAGAAAUUAUUUCUACAGUGGUUGAUUAUGUAACUCAAGAUGCAAUCACAAAUCAAGUUAUUGAAUUUGCAGAACCUGAUUCAGUUGAGGCACAGCCACAGACGCAAAAAUGUGGGAGGACACGAAAGUCGGUGGUUGUUAAAUUUUUGUCUUCAAGUGGAGAUUUUGAUUGGGAGACGGAAGAAAUUCAGAAGAUUUCUGAUGUCUCGCUAACUCCAAAUGAUGCACCUACUCAAUCUGAGUUGAAUGCUGAGCACCAACCGAUUCAGCCACACAAACAUGAACAGUCGAGAAAAUCUGAUGGAUCACCUCCUUUCAACGAGGCUCAACACAUGGAGAGUGAAGAAGCCACUGCGCAGUCAUCACUGUGCCCAGGAGGACGUGGAAGAAAAAGGAAGUUGGCAGUGGUUAAACUUGAAACCCAAACAGACAUGGAAAUCACAACCACUGUCGUGUCUUCAAAACAUAGAAAACGUAGGAAUGCCCUAGUAUCCAAAUGCAAAAGAACCAAGAGGUCAAUUUUUACUGGCGCUAAACAGAAUCGUCUUUCAUUGUGCGAAUUAUCCGGAGUCUAUGAAUCUGACGGAGUCAGUUCUUGCUUUGCUUAUACCAUCAACAUUUGUUUGAAAGAUUUCGUUGUCACCAGUUUCAUUCCUCGUGAUCUCGAAGACGAGUGCCAUCCACCAGAUUCCCGCGGUACGAAACAGGUCAAGCACUGA